CAAAUGUAUCACAAGUAAACAGAUUCUAGUAAACACAUGUUUCAGAUACAGAUGUAAAUUUGGUCGCUGGACUUCUAUAAGUUUGGAGGAAUCCCAAUUGGUCCGUCAAUGCUGACCCAGUCCCAGAUGUGGCAAUUUAUCUAAAGAUGGUAGACCUCUAAGUCUUGUGCCACAACAAAGAGGAGGUAUGUCUAAUGCCAGAAAGAAAUGCUACACUCUUCCUGCCAGAAUCCCACUUCAGAGAUCAGCACCAAGACAGCACACGUUUAUUACAGAUAGAGAGCAGAUUCAUUUUGUAUUAGGUGAGAGUAGCAGCAGUUGGUUUGAAGAUGCAACUUCUCAGCGUCUCAAGCAGGAAGGGCAUACUGUGCUGGAGAGCCAUGAUGCUUCUGUGCUGGACAGCCCCAUGGCCACACCUCGCAUCAGUCAGCUACUUGCCUCAGAACUAGCAGUUGGUCAGUCUCCAGUGAUGCACAGUAGUCCUUACAGCCAACCCACCUUCCAUACCCCAGACAUGCACUGGUCACCAGAUGUCCGUAAAUGCUGGGAAAAACCUGAGCUGAAUCUAAGCCCCUCACCAAUAACUCAGCGGCUCCUGGCCCAGUCGUGUCGAACCCCUAAUGGUGUGUCGAGCCUCCGUCUGGAUGACUCCGCCCUCAUCUGGUCAAACUCUCUGGCCACGCCCCCAAGGGAUACUGUGCAUGGUUCAAGCAGUUUAUUAGAGGAGGAAAUGUCAAAGGGAAAGGACCCAGCGCGGAUGCUGUUUUCUCCUCGAGAGAGACUGAAUUCUACUAUGGACUCCAUCACUCCACUGGACAGCACGGCAGAGGAAGAACCGUCUGAUCUCUCCACAAGCCAAACAUUCACCAAUCUUGACUCUUUCAAGGGCCCUAGCCAGAUCCCAGAGACUGAGAAAACCAUGGUUUCCAAUCCUUGCCCUAAUAUGGAGAUUCAUUCAAUGUCCAACUUAGAUGAAAAAAAAUCAUCGCAGAAUGGGUCACAUUGCAAUGGUCAUAAAGUUGAUAAUGUGACACAGAAUGAAGAAAGUCUUGGGAAUAUGAAUACUGACAGAUGGAAAGAGAACUUCAAAAAGAGACUUCUGGAGCGGAAGAACAGUAACAAAGAUCUGUCAAGAAGGAAAAUCUCGAAGAAUGGUAGCUUUGUAAGUCAAUGUCUUAGUCAAGAAAGGCAAGAAUCAACACCAAUAAAAAUUGUUUCUAAUGAUAGUUCUGAAGAUGUGAGUUUGUCCCCAACAUUUUCACAGAAAGGUGUUAAAGUGAAAAGUAAACAAACAAAAGUACAAACCAAUGCAGUGGAUGAUGUUUUGUCUGAUUUCUUUGAGAAUUUAGCUGAAGAGCAAGAAAAGAGACCAGCUCCAAGCAGGAAAAGGAAAUCUCUAGAGCUAGAGGCUGGUCAAACAAAGGGAGAUAUCUCUAUUGAUGAAGAAGGGGAGGCUGGAGUUGUUGCAAAGAGACUUUCAGAUUUGGACCUUCAUUCAACACCAAAGGGAAGUAGUUUAAAAUCAAUUUUAAUGUCUGAACAGAAGAGAAAGUCAUCUGGAAAGAAAGUGAGAUUUUCAGAGGAAGUCAGAGAACACUUUACCUUCUCAGAGAGUAAAUCAGUUUUGAAGGGGAAAUCUGACAGUGACAUGCAGAAGAAGAGACUGAUCAAGAAAGUGAAAUUUAAUAAUGAAGUUAAAAAGCAAAAGUCUGAGUUAAGUGACAGCCGAGUACCAAAAUCUUAUAAGAUUUGUGACAGUUUUGAUAGUAAUGAUCUGCAAGGUGAUACAAUUAAUAAUAGCAGCAAAGAGUCAUUGAAAAGAGAAGUUGAAAACAUAAGCAUUAAAACUAAAUUGAAGUCAUGUAUUGAUAAGGUACAAACGGAAUCUGAAAGAACUAAGAGUAGAAAAGUUAUUGAUGCAACAGAUAAAGCCUCAGCAUCUGAAAUACUCGUUCAUGCAAGAUCUAGUCAUUCACAGAGAGACAAAUUACUAGACAACAUAAAAGAAGGGUCGAGAAAAAAUUCGGAAAGUGGAAUAACUGAAACUAGUUUAAAUAUUGACUCUAAUAAGCUUAGUUCUGUAGUCAAAGUAAAUGUAAAAGAUGAUCCAAUAAAACAGUCAGAAAUCACCUGUAAAAGUAGAGUGUUCAAGAAGUUUUUGUACCCAUCAGUUUCGAAGAAUAUACAACCCAGUAAAAGGUUCCAGUAUAAUGAGAGAACAUCAAUGGAAGGGAAGAUAUCUGUACUUAAGCCUGUAUACAUUCAGGAUAUUGUGUCGCCAGCUUCUAUUGUUUCUGAACAUACUAAUGAAGGGACUGUUAAAAACAAUCUAGGAAAUCAGAUAACUUUGAACAAUCAGUCUGUGUGCACAGAGAAAGAUGAAGAAUCUGAAGCAAACUUCAAGGAAACCAGGUCAAGUGCAGAUAGUUUUCCCCAGAAAAGUACAAGUAUUUGUGUUACGGUCGGCUCUGUUGGUUUUCGGUCUGCAUCUGGGAAGAAAAUGGUGUUGUCACAAGAGGCAUUGCAUAAGGCAGAACAGCUAUUGAUAGAGGAGAGUGGGGCAAAGGUAAAUAAGAAAGAUGAAAGUGUGGCAGAGGUCAGUAAGAAAGGUGCAGGCAAUGACUCAGUGCCUCAUACUAUGCAAAAUGACCAGGCCGAGGAAGACUUGGAGUUUUCUGAAUGGCCAGAGGAUUUCUGUGAAGAAAAUGAAGGUUUCCUACUUGAUGAAGUUGUUGAAACAGCACCAGAAUCAGGUGACAAUGCUAGUGUUAACACUAAAGACAAAGUAGUCAUUGAAUUUACUGAAACAAAUAAUAAAUAUGCUAAACAGGGGAUGAAAAAACAAUCUCCAAGUGAAUAUGAUAAAGGCUAUGCUGCCUCAAAGAGUAUUUCAAGAAAUAGAAAGGAACAGUUAGAUGGAUCACAGGGUGAAAUUGUUCAAAUAAGCAAAGACAAAAUUGAAUGUGAAAAUAGAAAUGAAAAUGAUCAGUUGAAUAUGCAUUCUCUGGGAUUAAUAUCAGGUAGUGGUAAAACAUUGGACAUCGAAAAUGAAACUUUGCAGAAAGCAAAUGGUUUAAUGAUUGUUAGUAAUUUAAUUGAAAUGAGAAAGAAACAGCCCAGCAGUUUAGUUGAAGAAUUUAAAGAACAGUUAGCUUUGCCUGUAUCUGGAAGUAGUGCAAUUAGCACCAGAAAAGAUGUAAACAAAAGUGUUCAAAUGGUCAAAUAUGGUGGAAAAGGUUCAAAAAACACUUCAAUGACAGUCUUCCCUGAAGCUGAUUAUUCAGAUAGUUUAGAACAAGAUUUGAUGAACCAAAUUCAGACUUUGAAAACACCAUCAUUAGAUUCAACUGACUUCCCUUUUAAAGAUACAACCCAAAACAAAAUGUUAUCAAAACCUUCAAAGUUUCCACCUGGUGCUGUCGUACCACAAGGUUUUCGUCCCUUUAAGCCUCCAAAAAUCAUGAAAACCUUGUCCCCUAAAAAGGAAAAAAAAGUUCUUUACCCUGAAUCAAAGAAAAUCGAAAAUGUCAAUAGAAACAAGGAUAUGACAAGUCGGCAAAAAGACAUUACUACUAGUGACUACAAUAUAAACACACAAGAUAUAGGUAAUAUGUUUGAUGAUGAAAUGACACUGACACAGUGCACUGCAGAUUUUGAAAACAAUAAUGCUGGUGUCACAAGCAAAAUUAUUGAAACAUCUGUAGGAACUGCUUCAACGGUCAAGUCUGUAUUCCAUGAUCCUACUGAUGAUUUGACUGAUAAACGCACGGUUCAUCAACAUUUGGAUGUAAAAAUGAAGGAUAUAUACUCCAUGACUUGUUCAGGAGAUGCUAGAUGGACAGGGAUGAAAGAAAUGAAUACUGAAAUUGUGUACGAUGUUCUUGAAACUAUAACAUGUGAUAGUGUAACAUCAGUAGGGAAGGUCAAAAUCACUUCAGAAAAGAAACAUUUUUCUAAUGACCUAAAGGUUGGUGUUUUUCAGGGUUUCUCUAAAGCAUCAGGAAGCAAGAUUAACAUUUCCGAAAAGGCAAUGAAACAUGCCAGGGGAAUCCUUGAAUCUGAUGGCAAUGAAGAUCCUUUUGUACCAGAAGUUCCAAAUUUUCAAGGGUUUUCCUCAUCAUCAGGGAUCAAACACAGCAUUUCUGACAAUGCCUUGAAAGAUGUCGGAGGAAUGCUUGAACCUAACGACAAUAAAAAACAAACAGUACCAGAAGUUUCUCAAUUUCAAGGUUUCUCAACAGCAUCAGGAAGCAAAGAGAACAUACCCAAAAAGGAUUUGACACAUUACAGAGGAGUGCUUGAAACUGACGUCAAUGAACAAUGUUUAGUACCAGAAGUUCCUAAAUUUCAAGGUUUCUCCACAGCAUCAGGAAGUACAGUGAACAUUUCUGAAAAAGCCUUGAAACAGGCCAGAGGAAUGCUUGAAUCUGAUGACAAUGAAUAUCCUUUAGUACCAGAAGUUCCAAAUUGUCAAGGGUUUUCCACAUCAUCAGGAAGCAAAGAAAACAUUUCUAAAAGGGCUUUGAAACAUGACAGAGGAAUGCUUGAUCCUGACUACCGUGAAAAGGAAAAAGUUUCUCAAUUUCAAGGUUUCUCCACAGUAUCAGAAAGCAAAGUGAACGUUAGCAACAAGUCUCUGAAAUCUGCCAGAGCAGUGCUUGAAUCUAACAAUAAUAAACAACUUGUAGAACCAGAUGAUCCUAAAUUUGAAGGUUGUUCAACUGAAUCAGAAAGCAAAUUAAAUAUUUCUGUAAAGGCCCUGAAACAUGCUCAUGUUAUGCUUGAAUCCGACAAUAAUGAGCAGACUUUAGUACCAGAGGUUCCCAAUUUUCAAUGGUUUUCAACAUCGUCAAGAAGCAAAGUGAACUUUCCUGAAAAGGCUUUGAAACAUGCCAGAGAAAUGCUUGAAUCAAAUAACAAAGAUCAACACAUAGUACCAGAAGUUUCUCAGUUUGAAGGUUUUUCCACAGUAGCAGAAAGCAAAGUGAACAUCUCUGUAAUGUCUUUGGGACAUGCUAGAGAAAUGCUUGAAACUGGUGACGAUGAACCACCUUUAGUACCUGACGUUUCUAAAUUGCAAGGUUUUACCAAAACAUUGGGAAGCAAAGAAUGUAUUUCUGAAAAUGCCUUGAAACAUUUAAGAGGAAAGUUUUCUGAUGAUACAGGCCAACCUUUAGUUCCAGAAGUUCCUCAGUUUCAAGGUUUCUCCACAGCUUCAGGAAGUAAAGUAAACAUUUCUGAAAAGGCAUUGAAACAUGCUAGAGGUGCUCUUGAAUCUGAAGACAAUGAACAAUUUGUAGAACCAGAAGUUCCUAAAUUUCAAGGUUUCUCCACUGCAUCAGGACGCAAAGUAAACAUUUCUGAAAAGGCUUUGAAUCAUGCUAGUGGCGUGCUUGCAUCUGAAGGCAAUAAACACUUUGUUGAACCAAAAAGUACUCAAUUUCAAGGUUUCUCCACAGCUUCAGGAAUCAAAGUCAGUAUUUCGGAAAAUGCAUUGAAACAUGCUAAAGGAAUUCUUGAAUCUGGAGACUUUGAACAACCUUUAGUUCCAGAAGUACCUAAAUUUCAAGGUUUCUCCACUGCAUUGGGAAGCAAAGUGAACAUUUCUGAAAAGGCAUUGAAACAUGCCAAAGGAGUUCUUGAAUCUGAUGACCAUGAACAACCUUUUGUUCCAGAAAUUCCUAAAUUUCAAGGUUUCUCCACUGCAUUGGGAAGCAAAGUGAACAUUUCUAAAAAGGCCUUGAAACAUGUCAAAGGAGUUCUUGAAUCUGAUGACAAUGAACAACCUUUUGUACCAGACCUUCCUAAAUUUCAAGGUUUCUCCACAGCUUCAGGAAGCAAAGUGAACAUUUCUGAAAAGGCCUUGAAACAUGCCAAAGGAGUUCUUGAAUCUGAUGACCAUGAACAACCUUUUGUCCCAGAAAUUCCUAAAUUUCAAGGUUUCUCCACAGCAUCAGGAAGCAAAGUGAACAUUUCUGAAAAGGCCUUGAAACAUGCCAAAGGAGUUCUUGAAUCUGAUGACCAUGAACAACCUUUUGUCCCAGAAAUUCCUAAAUUUCAAGGUUCCUCCACAGCAUCGGGAAGCAGAGUGAACAUUUCUGAAAAGGCCUUGAAACAUGCCAAAGGAGUUAUUGAGUGUGAUAACCAUGAACAACCUUUUAUUCCAGGAAUUCUUAAAUUUCAAGGUUUCUCCACAGCUUCAGGUAGCAAAAUGAACAUUUCUGAAAAGACCUUGAAACAUGCCAAAGGAGAUCUUGAAUCUGAUAACCAUGAACAACCUUUUGUUCCAGAAAUUCCUAAUUUUCAAGGUUUCUCCACAGCUUCAGGAAGCAAAGUGAACAUUUCUGAAAAGGCCUUGAAACAUGCCAAAGGAGUUCUUGAAUCUGAUGACCAUGAACAACCUUUUGUUCUGGAAAUUCCUAAAUUUCAAGGUUCCUCCACAGCUUCAGAAAGCAAAGUGAACAUUUCUGUCAAGGCAUUGAAACAUGCGAAAGGAGUUCUUGAAUCUGAUGACAAUGAACAACCUUUUGUACCAGACCUUCCUAAAUUUCAAGGUUUCUCCACAGCUUCAGGAAGCAAAGUCAGUAUUUCUGAAAAGGCCUUGAAACAUGCCAAAGAAGUUCUUGAAUCUGAUGACAAUGAAAAACCAUUUGUACCAGACCUUCCUAAAUUUCAAGGUUUCUCCACAGCUUCAGGAAGCAAAGUCAGUAUUUCUGAAAAGGCCUUGAAACAUGCCAAAGAAGUUCUUGAAUCUGAUGACAAUGAACAACCUUUUGUACCAGACCUUCCUAAAUUUCAAGGUUUCUCCACAGCAUCAGGAAGCAAAAUGAACAUUUCUGAAAAGGCCUUGAAACAUGCUAAAGGAGUUCUUGAAUCUGACGACCAUGAAAAACCAUUUGUACCAGACCUUCCUCAAUUUCAAGGUUUCUCCACAGCUUCAGGAAGCAAAGUCAGUAUUUCUGAAAAGGCCUUGAAACAUGCCAAAGGAGUUCUUGAAUCUGAUGACCAUGAAAAACCAUUUGUACCAGACCUUCCUCAAUUUCAAGGUUUCUCCACAGCUUCAGGAAGCAAAGUCAGUAUUUCUGAAAAGGCCUUGAAACAUGCCAAAGGAGUUCUUGAAUCUGACGAUAAUGAACAACUUUUUGUACCAGACCCUCCUAAAUUUCAAGGUUUCUCCACAGCAUCAGGAAGCAAAGUGAACAUUUCUGAAAAGGCCUUGAAACAUGCCAAAGGAGUACAUGAAUCUGAUGACAAUGAACAACCUUUUAUACCAGACCUUCCUAAAUUUCAAGGUUUCUCCACAGCAUCAGGAAGCAAAGUCAGUAUUUCUGAAAAGGCCUUGAAACAUGCCAAAGGAGUUCUUGAAUCUGACGACAAUGAACAACCUUUUGUUCAAGACUUUCCUAAAUUCCAAGGUUUCUCCACAGCAUCAGGAAGUAGAGUGAACAUUUCUGAAAAGGCCUUGAAACAUGCCAAAGGAGUUCUUGAAUCUGAUGACAAUGAACAACCUUUUAUACUAGACCUUCCUAAAUUUCAAGGUUUCUCCACAGCAUCUGGAAGCAAAGUGAACAUUUCUGAAAAGGCCUUGAAACAUAUCAAAGGAGUUCUUGAAUCUGAUGACAAUGAACAACCUUUUGUACCAGACCUUCCUAAAUUUCAAGGUUUCUCCACAGCUUCAGGAAGCAAAGUCAGUAUUUCUGAAAAGGCCUUGAAACAUGCCAAAGGAGUUCUUGAAUCUGAUGACAAUGAACAACCUUUUUUACCAGACCUUCCUAAAUUUCAAGGUUUCUCCACAUCAUCAGGAAGCAAAGUGUUUAUUUCUGAAACAGCCUUUGAACAAACAAAGGAAAACAUUCCUUCUGAAACAAGUUUGGAUGAUGGUGCUGAGAUGAAAAGAUAUAGGGAACAUACUAAUGCCUAUAGAGGGGCUGUUAUUGACAAUGGCUUGGUAUGCAAACAAGAUAACAAAAACAGAAAAAGACUUUUGUCCGUGGAUGACCAAGAAACAGAAUUCAAGAGACAAAAAAUGGAUGUUGAAACAGAUUUGCUAGGAAGAGGAGCACACAGAAAACCUUUACGAUCUAGGCCUGAAGGUACGACAACAGACAAAAGACAUCCUGGAUUUAGGCCAUUUAAACCAGUUAUAAGCAAGUUUCAGUGCAAAAUGACCAGUCAAAACAUCAGUGACAUUGAUCAGAAUGCAACCCAUCAAGGUCCCAACACUAGUGGGAGUGUGAAGCCCACCUUCCAAACCCCAUACAAAACCACCCCUGGGCCUCUCUCCACAGACCAACCUGCUAAACCCAAUUCCAGCAAAUCUAUAACCCCCGUGUUUAGGCCAAAACAAAAUAUUCAGUUUGUACAAGGAAACAAAACUCCAUCUGCUGAACAGGGAGGAAUGUUUAAAACUGAACAUUCUGCUUGUUCAGAUAUUAAAUCAAAACCUAUAUUGGGAAAUACUCAUAAAAAUAUGCUAGAUGUUAAAAGAGAAAUUCAUGAAGAAAAACAAGAUGAUAAGGAACUUGAGAUUGGCAGCUCAAAUAUUCAGACAAGUUUUGUAGUGCCAGAGGAAACUUCAAGGAAUAUGGAAAGCAAUGUCAAAGAAACAAAAGACUUCGAUGAAGGUGAUGGUAUUGGCAUGAAGAAAGUUGUUGCUAAGGAUACUGUUUGUGAUGUCAAGGAGAUUGUCGAUGUUGCUAUGGAAACAGGAGAUGAUGAGUUUAGCCAGGGUGAGGAUGACAUUUUCUACUGUGACUUGCUGGAGGCCCGGAGACAUCAGGAUAUGCUUAUAAAAAAACGUGAGAUGGAUAAAGUCCAUCCACGGGUGGGCCGGCUGUUCGAGAUGAAAAAAAGUUCCAUUAGAUACCAGCUGUCAGACUUGCAUGAUAGAUUGGCAAACUAUGAACGACCCAAUUUUGGUGUUGUGUCCAGUACAGCAGCAGAUUACAAGUUCAAUCUGGCUGACCACUAUGGGCAAGGCACAAGUCAUGUUCUGGUUGGAGAUGGGGCUUACCUCGUACCCGAUGAUGCCGGGCUUAUUGGAAAACAGGAAUUUUACAGAGGGUUUCUGACCGUGGAGAGUGUUGACAGGAAGCUGAUAUCGGAGGCCUGGGUGUACAACCACUAUCGCUGGAUUGUCUGGAAACUGGCCGCAUACACUCUCACAUUCUCAUCCAUUGCUCAAAGGUGUUUCACCCCCGAGAUGGUGAUGUUGCAACUGAAGUACAGAUAUGACAGGGAGAUUGACAGGGCUGAAAGAUCCAGUAUAAAGAAGAUCUAUGAGCAAGAUGAUACUCCAGGCAAACGUAUGGUUUUGUGUGUGGCUGAGAUACGCUCUUCAGUUGGAGAGGAGGGAAAACAGGUCCAGCUGUAUCUCAGUGAUGGAUGGUAUGGUAUUCCGGCCCAGGUUGAUUCAGCCCUCACCAGACUGGUGCUAGCUGGCAGGAUAUUUGUGGGCCAGAAACUGAUAAUGGCACGUGCUGAAUUAGUGGGAGGGGAAGAUGCCUCUACUCCACUGGAGGCUGCCAGCAGCGUGAUGUUGAAGCUUGGGUGUAACUGUGUGAGGGAGGCAAGGUGGGACAGCAGGCUGGGUUACCAGGGCAAUCCCCAACCCCUCUGUGUACCUCUCUCUACCCUCCAGCCAGACGGGGGCCCAUUGGGUGUUACAGAUGUUGUCCUGGUCAGAAAAUAUCCAACCAUGUACAUGGAAAAGCUAUCAGGAGGCGGAUGUUUGUUCCGGAGUGGAUCUGCGGAGGAGCGAGCUAGACGGGAGUUUGAAUCCCGUAAACAGACAGAGAUGGAGAAACUGUACUCCCGCUUGCAGGAAGAGAUGGAAAUAGAAGACAGACAAGAGAAGAAGGGCAGAGGUGUGCGGAAGUUUGGGGACAGAGAGGUGGCCGCCCUUCAGACGGGUGAGGAGAUACAUGAUGCCAUACAGUCAGCUGCACAGCCUGACACUGUACAGAGUUAUCUGAGUGAGCGACAGCUGGAGUUGCUGUAUGAUCACCAGCGAUGCCUCCAGGACCAGAAGCGGGCUGACCUAGCUGCCAGGGUACAUGCUGCAUGGGAUGUAAAGGAACAGGCUUUUCAAGAAAGGCAGGUCACCCCUAUGAUCAAGUUUAGGCUUGCUGGCUGUGCUCGAAAAGACAUGGAUUCAAAAACAAGUGUUAUGCUGACAGUGUGGAGGCCGUCCCCUGAGAUCAGUGAACUGCAGGAAGGGCACCGAUAUCGUAUAUACAACCUCAACGUAGGUCCGACCAGAGGGAGAAGCAGAGGUAGCAGCAUACAGCUAACAGCGACAAAACAGACACGUUUUCGCAAGAUGGUCAUUGAUGAAAAUUUCCUCGACAACGUUUUUGAGCCAAGAGAGGUGUUGACAGUAUCAGACAUAACAGAGAGACAAGCAGCUUAUGGAGAGGUGGACUUUGUGGGGCUAGUUAUCAGGAUGAAUCAUGCUUCAAUGGAAGGUGAGAGAGGCGAAGAUGUGAUGUAUCUGGCAGACUGGCAAGGCAGACUUCUCGCAUUGCACUUUCCUGCUGGCAUUCAGGCAGGAGGCUAUGAGUUGCCACGGGAGGGGGAAGUAUGGUGCUGUAGUAGCCUGCAAUCCCGGGGCCGCCUCCUACCUUCAUCCCUACCCACUCUUACUGUGAGCCAAGAAGUGACCACCCUCUCCACCAGGCCACAGGGGGGCCUACACAGACGAGCAGUUGACAAGCUUGCACAGGCUACAAAGGACAAAACGAUAUUCCUGGAAAAGGCCAAGGCAGAUUUGGGGGACUUUCUGAAAGAUUCAAACAAGUGUUAUACAUCAUCUAAGGCUAUCAACCCAAUCAAGAGCAUUGAGGAGCAACUAAGGGAAGACUUUGGGGAGACGAGCUGGCAGAUCAUGUUUGAAGGUGAUUCCUCAUUCUCUGACAUUGGGGAACCACAGGGGGAUGAUGGAAAAGGAAUUCUACCAACAACAAGACAGGUUUAUCAAACAGAUAUUGCUUCGAAUGAGGAGUGUGACAAUGUGGCACAGGUGUCGCAAAGGUGCAGUUCAGGAUCGGAGGAAUAUACACCUGUUAAUAAUCAGUUUUGUUCAACAGAUGGUGAUGAUAUUAAACAGAAAAUUUCCUUAGAAACAGCCAUGGAGGUAGCUAGCACUUCAGAGCAGACUUUGGGGUUUCCUGAUUCUACAGAAGAGUUUCAAAAAGUCACAAAACAGGCUCCUGAUUGUGAAUCACUUGAAACACCUGUCAAAACCUCGGUGAACAAGUCAACUUCAGUUUCCAAUCAGAAUGUCAAAAACCAGACCCCUAUUGACCCCAGCCAGGUAGUCCAAGCUUCUAAAUUGGUCCAUCCCCCUGUUCCCCUCACCCCAACAUCCACUCCUCACCCUCCCACUCCAUCCCCUGCCCAACGCCCCGUGGUUCGGGCUAAGAUUGCAAGACUCCUGUCCUAUGGUUCUCCUGCUGCUCUCUCCCCUCUUAACUCAGUUGUGCCCAGGUCGGUCAUUAAAACGUUCAAACCACCCGCAUUCAAGAAAAUUUGACAAAUGUAGUGGUGCUCAUUGUUCGAUAUUUGGCCAUACUUGAAUAUUGCUUCUUUACCCUUGGUUGCAAAGAGUUAAAAUGAAUCACCAUUGCUUCAAGAACAUUGAACUUCUGAGAUAAGUUUUUCCUGAAGUGUACAUGUAGCUGUUUAUGUAUUAACUGUGCUACAUGAAACCGGUCUUUCUAAACACUACAAAGUCAAGCAAAGUCAGUUUUAUUUUGAAAAAAGUUGGAACAGCUGAAGAUUUUAGUGACCAGCAUACAUAAAUCAUUUUAGAAGAAAUAACAGUUAUGUUAUCUCUUAUACUAUCUGCCAUUGUGUGAAUUCUGUUGUUCAAAUAUACCAUGGUACAUUGCAUAUAUUGCUUGUAAAAUAAUAUUGCUGCCGUGGAAAAGCUUUUUUUAUAUCUGGGGAAGCCAGUGUGGACUUCCUGAGUAUUUAGUAUACAAGUACAUGUAUAUUGUAUUUGUGUCAAUAAAUGCUGUUAUUAUGCAUUGGCAUCAAAUUUGUGGAAAUCAGCAAAUGGCUAUCAUGAAGUUGAACAAAUUGAAAAAAGUCAUUUAAUAAGUGUAUACAUUUAUAUGUCUUCUACUGCAUGUCAAUAUACUACAUUCAUGUAAAUUAAUUUACAGAAAUCCAAAUAUAGGAUAUGGUGUUUGUACAGUUGUAAUUUGAAUUGAUUGUUUGUUAAAGAUGUUAAUAAUGAAAUUUAUCUUUUCUUGAAGCUGUUGGUAGUUUUUGUCAUUUUAAAUUAA